AUGGAUAUACAUAUACAAACACACUACACGUUGUGUUUCAUUAGUCAGGCAAAUGUUAGCUAAUAGAAAAGACGAGUUAUUUCGAGGAAAUAAAAAAAUACACUCAAUAAAGAGUAGGCGCUCGUUCGUGGAAGAAUUUUUGGAAAGCCCGAGGUUUGGAAUUACGAAUGAAGAAUAAUUGGCCUAAACGGUGACCCUUCUGAAAAUAAAAAUGAAUCUUCAAACGCUCUUCCAAGACUUUAACCCGAGCAGCAAAUUUCUUCUUCAUUCCUGUCUUAUGGUUUUUACGAUUCUUUUUGCUCUGCGUCUGGACGACUAUAUCGAAUGGAGUUGGUGGACAAUUUUUAGUCCCAUAUGGUUUUGGAAGGGUAUGGUUAUUUUGGGUGCCACCAUUGGUAGUUACGUGUGGUGGCGACAUCCUCAUUCUAGGCUGGAAGGAGAUGCCUACAUCCAUUACAAGGCUAUGCUCAUCACACUGGCUCUCCAUCUUAUUCUUCUUAUGUUUGAACUACUAGUUUGCGAUAAAUUGGAGUCGGAGAGACAUCUGUGGAUUCUUGUCUUCAUACCUCUCAUUUUCAUCUCUAUCAUGUCCAUUGCCGUAUGCAUCUGGGCAGUGAAACACGACCGUUCUUUUGAAUUGGAACUCUUCUGUGCGGUAAAUGUCCUACAAUUCAUAUUCUUGGCUUUGAGACUGGAUGGAUUCAUAAGUUGGAGUUGGGAAGUCGUUUUUGUGCCAUUAUGGGCUCUUUUGUGUCUUUCGCUCGUGGCUGUAUUGUACGCCAUCGUAUUUGCUGCUGUAUUGCUGAGGGCACCUCAAGUCAAUGCCAGAGUCAGAAGAACCUCUCUUAACUCAGCUCUUGCCUACACUUUUCUUGUUGUGCCCAUUCUCGUCUUCCAGGUUUUGUUGGCUAACAAGCUGGAUGGGCACAUAUCGUUCAAUUUUACAACGGUAGCUGCGCCAUUGUUGCUCUCUCAUAUAACACUGAUAUUCAUGUCGUUUGGUGCCAAAGGAGGGAAUCGAUGGUGGUUCGGUAUACGGAAAGACUUUUGUCACUUUCUCCUGAGUCUAUGUCCACUGCUGCAAGAGUACGGCAAUAUAUCUUACCAACCUCGGAGCGAUCAGGAUCAACAGCCAACGGAGCCGAUGGUGGGAGAGAAGAAUGAAAAACACAUAAAAAAGAUGGACUUUUCGAAACCGGUGGUACCUAUAAUCUCGAUAGACAUGCCCGAUUGAUACUCACGGCUCGGAUAUUUCAUGAUGAUCACACACGUUUAAAUUCGUUGCAUAUUGCCGAUAUAACGAUUAUUAUCGAUUCGUCCAUAUGGCCAAAAUGACGAAUUUCAAUUGGAGAAUCAGGAAGUCGCGUUUCACGACGAAUUUCUUCCGUAUUACGGUCUAAGCGGAAACAAAAUCAUGGGGGAUGGAGAUAGGAGGAAUAUUCAAAAUACGGAGAAGGAGAGAGAAAAAUAGUGUCCGAACGAAAAUCGAGAAGCGAAAUCGAAUUUGCAAAUACACAUUUGUAAAAACGAAGAAGCUACACACAGCAGUUGUUCUUGUGUAUACGUGUUACGGAUACCGUGAAACCUAUGGGUUGCGGGGAGGAGAGAGAGAUAGAGGGGAAUUACUAAACGUUAGUAAAUAUCUAUGCGCCGAUUGGAUGCUUAUCAAACAUGUAUAACAUUUAUGGAAAUCAAUAGGAGCUGAAUAUGGUGCUGAAUAUAUGUCACAAGUUUUCGAAUGAAAGAAAUAACCGAAAGACACGAUGAACAAGAAUUCCCGUGCGUUCGAUAGUUUAUCGAUCAUUUUUUUCUUUGCCUUGUCAUUAAAACGUGAAAUUACGACGUUGUUGUCCGAAUGAUUUCAUCAGUGAUUCAUUACCUUGAUAUAAAACGAUGAAGCAAUAAUUAACAAAAUGGGGAAACGAAAAAUUGCUCACAUUGAAAUUCCGAUGUACCAUCAAUAUUGCGGCCAAAAAAUAUACGAGCAGAAAGAACUUUGAAAAACUCAAAUUGAUCCUCAGAAGUAAAUUACUACAAUAAACUUUUUAUCCCUUAGAUAUAAUGGAUAUAAUUUUAAUUAUGUAAUGGUGUAUCCUGAAAAACGCGACUGCCGUUAAUUCGUUUGAAAAAUAAUCCGGUGAGUCGGCAAAUCCCGAACUUGUAACCUUAAUUGUUCAUUUGAUAACUUAUUAAAAUAACAUCUAUUUUGUGCUAGUUCUCAAGUAAUUAAUAUACGAAGUGUACUGUGCCUCAAUGAAAAGAGGAAUAGAGGAGUCGAGAAAACGAUAAAAGAGUUGACCAGCCAGGAAAGAAUUUUGAACGCGAAAAAAAAAGGUCGCUCAUUCCAAUGAACACAAUAAAUUUUCAUUAGAAAAAAAAAGCUGUAUAAACAAUGAAUCUAUAGAAUAGAGAUGCUGGUACAGCUUAUUUUAUUGUGUAUUGGUUUGAAUGGGUCAAACGGUAAAUUAGCAAAAACGAUGGUGAUACAAAAUGAAAGGAUGACGUUUAAGGUUUCCCUGAAAUAAUUUCAACAAGUUAUUGUAUACUGUGUUGAGGAACAAUAGAAAAUCGAAAUGAAGAAAUAUAAAUCUGAAAAAAAAGGGAAAAAAUGGAAAGAAAAAAUCAACGGCCAAUAAUUCAUGUUAAAAAAUAUUGUAGUAAUACGAAUAUUGUAGUACGAUCACGCCACAAUUGCAUAAUAAUUAUGUAUAUAAAUUAAUGUAUAUAUGAGAUAUAUUAUUCAUAUAUCGAAUAUUAAAACGAAAACGGUCGUAUACGUUAUACAUAUCUACUAAGUACGUGAUGGUUGAAUGACAAUUAGUGAUACUAUUCUAUUUUAUAAAUAAGCUCUAAGGAGAAAAAACACAAUAUUAUUAUCAUCUAAUAAAGUUUAUAUUUUUGGUA